AUGGCAGGGUUUUCUUCUUCUGGGUUUUGUAGUCUCUCUCUCUCUCUCUCUCUCUCUCUCUCUCUCUCUCUCUCUCUCUCCCCCUCCUGCCCCCUGGUUGCUCGCUUCCCCACAGCUUGUCUCUCUCUCCCUCUCUGAAAAGAACCGGAAAAAUCUGAACCUUUGGGGAGAAAGUGAGUACCUGAUUUUCGCUUUGGUGCACCUGCGUUCUGUCACUGCUGCAGUCCUUGGUGAUUUCUGAUAGAUGGCUGUAUCGGUUUCCAGAAGGGUUUUUCGUUCUUUUGGUUCCUUAUACGGACAUCAUCGGUUCGAUUACCAAAGGAUCCCAUUUCGUGCUACUGAUGGUAAAAGAGCAUUGUACAGCCAUGAUUCCAGUGAUAGCCCGUCAUCUGUGGAAACUUUUAAUUUUGGGAAGAGUGUGUUAUCUUUUCUUGGUUGUCGAGGGCUUUCAACUUCUGUCCUGACUCCUGAAUCAAAUGAUGGUGACUUUCCUUCUCAACUUUUAUCCACAAAGGGAGUUGUAACUCCAGAACAUACACGAGGACUCUACCAGGACCUGGUGAUACCUGUGACAAAUUUUAAUAAUGAUGAUAAAGGCUUGAUGGUGUUGGCUGGUGAUGUUUUUGAUGUACCUAUUAGGAAGGACAUUGUUCACCGUGUUGUACGAUGGCAGCUCGCAAAGAGACGACAGGGAACACAUUCAACAAAAACUCUUAGCGAGGUUAGUGGGACUGGGAAAAAGCCUUGGAAACAGAAGGGGUUGGGCCUAGCAAGGCAUGGAACACUGCGUGGGCCUCAGUUUAGAGGCGGUUGUAUUAUGCACGGCCCUAAGCCACGGAGUCAUGCUAUCAAGUUAAACAAGAAAGUUCGUCGACUAGGGCUGAAGAUUACACUAUCAGCUCGUGCAGCAGAAGGAAAGCUCAUGGUUCUUGACGAUUUGGAGGUUCCUACGCAUAAGACCAAGAACAUUGUGAACUAUGUGAAGCAAAUGGACAACACAAAGAAACUUCUGCUGGUGGAUGGUGGUCCUCUAACUGAAAAUCUGAAGUUGGCUACACAAAAUCUUCAUUAUGUUAACAUAUUGCCAUCUAUUGGUUUAAAUGUUUACAGCAUUCUGCAACACGACACACUAGUUAUGUCUCGUGAUGCUGUGAAUAGGAUUGUUGAGCGGAUGCACACUCCAAUUAACCGCUGAAGCAGUUUCUUCGUCCCAAUCAACUCGACAAGGUUUACCUUCAACCUGGAUUUUGUUAGAUCCUCCUUUCACUUUGGAAGAAAACUUGAAAAUCACAAAAAUAAAAAAUAGUGGGUGUUGUAAUUCUCAAGAUUCACAUAUGCAUGGCUGGAUGUCAUGUUUUUUAAAUAAAGUGUCUUAGGAAAUUUGUACUCGAUGCGGUGUUGCACAAGCGUUAACUGAUAUAGAUUUGGGGCAUGCCAACUUUGUGGCUAGAUCAUUAUUUUCUUCAUGUGGUGCAGCAGCAUAUAUACUGAACUUUUGUUCCUGUUGUUAUUUCUGUAUUCAGAAAACUGAACAAUGAGGACUCAAUUGCGAAAUUGUGCUGAGCUAUGUGUUUCGGGUUCUUCUAUAACUAACUGUUCAUUCCUAGCAUUGCGAUUGAAGAUCGGAUGGAUUUAACGGAGUAGUCUCCUACAGUUUUGAUGAAGUGAAAAAUGAUGGGAGUAAUUUUGUACUUCUUCAGAUGACUGUCGUAUGGAAGAAUUCAAGUUGGUCUCUUUAAGCAAAUGUUCUCAAAAUCCCAUUUGAUGCUGUUUUUUUGUAGUUAAAGAUGCACUUGAAUGCUCCACACUUUGAGGUCAAGAGAUAGGGAAAUGCUUCAAGACACACAUCCCGACUUUUGCGAAAUGUUAUGCCUAUGUUUGGUGAUUAUUAUGCCUCUUUAGCGAAAUGUUACGGUUUAUUUUGGUG